ACUUCCGGCGCCCUGUCACUGGGAGUGGGCGGGCCAGUUCGUGCUCUCUGCUCCCAGUCGGCUUUUUGGUGAUCGUCAGAGCAGGGGGUUAUCUGGCCGAAGCGGUUCAGGAAGGUAGUUGUCAUAGGGCUCUGGGAAACAACUAAACGGGUCGGAAGCAACCAGGCCUAGCUUGUCCCUCAGGCCGCUCUAGCAAGGAACCAUAAAGACCAGGCUAGGUCUUCUCCCUUUUCUCUUCUCUGUGGUUCCGCCUGCAGCUUCCGCUUCCGGGCAGGGGCGGAGUUUCUUCGGAGAAUAGGGGCUCCGCGCUACAGCCAGGAUGGCUGUGGUGUCGCUUCUGUUGUUCGGGGGCUUGUGGAGUGCUGUGGGAUCGUCCAAUCUGGCUGUCGUUACGUGCGGUUCUGUGGUGAAGCUGCUCAAUACGCGCCACAACGUGCGGCUGCACUCACACGACGUGCGCUACGGGUCAGGUAGUGGACAGCAGUCGGUGACAGGUGUAACCUCUGUGGAUGACAGCAACAGUUACUGGAGAAUACGAGGGAAGACGGCCACAGUGUGUGAGAGGGGAACUCCCAUCAGAUGUGGUCAGCCUAUCCGGCUGACACAUGUCAACACUGGCCGAAACCUCCAUAGUCACCACUUCACCUCACCUCUUUCUGGAAACCAGGAAGUGAGUGCUUUUGGUGAGGAAGGUGAAGGCGAUUAUCUGGAUGACUGGACAGUGCUCUGUAAUGGGCCCUACUGGGUGAGGGAUGGUGAGGUGCGGUUCAAGCAUUCUUCCACCGAGGUUCUGCUGUCUGUCACAGGAGAACAAUAUGGUCGACCCAUCAGUGGGCAAAAGGAGGUGCAUGGCAUGGCCCAGCCAAGCCAGAACAACUACUGGAAAGCCAUGGAAGGCAUUUUCAUGAAGCCCAGCGAGUUGUUGAAGGCAGAAGGCCACCACACAGAGCUAUGAGUCUGGAGGCUGUGAGCCGCUGUCACCACACAGUGUUCUGAGACGUCUGCUGCUCCUUCACCCUUUGGAUCCCUGCCACAGGUUCCCUGGGCAGUGACCGUGUCACCACUGAGAUGAAGAUGCAUGACAGGAAACCAUGGCUGUGUUUGGAAGCUUCAGCCCUCCACACUUGAGUGGGUGGUUCUCCCAGACUUGGGUCAGUUCUUUCUGAAUAUGAGACUUGUUGGUGAGGGGGCAGAAGCUUUUUAUUCACAUUAAUAGGACAAAAACUGAAGGAGGCAUUCCUCCUAGCUGGGAAAUUUUUAUUCCUCAGAAAUUUGGCAUCAUGGAUUAUUAAUGUGUGUGAUUUUUCUUCCACUUUUCUUUAAACGAUAAAAGAAUUUCAUUGUUA